CUCCAGAAACCCGACAUUUCCCUGCAGUCAGAUUCCGAGGUGUUUGUGAGAGGGGACAGUGCUGCUAUCUCAUGUUCUGGGAAUUAUCCAGGUAGCAUUUUUUCUUUAUAUAGAGAUGGCGAGUUUAGCAGGUCACAACCAGCUCCAGAAUAUAGCAAAACAGCCACAUUCACCCUAUCGGAGAUCAAUGCAGGAAACUACACGUGUAUAUAUACUUCGAACAUAGAAGGACGUGAGUUCACAUCACCGGAGAGCAACCGAAUGGGAAUCUUUGUGUGGGAUUCGCUCCAGAAACCCAACAUUUCCAUGAAACCAGAUUUCCGGGAGUUCGUGAGAGGGGAAAGAGCUGAGAUCUCGUGCUCUGGGAAUUAUCCUGGCAGCAAUUUCUCUUUAUACAGAGACAGUGAGUUUAUCAUAUUACAACCAGCUCCAGAGAAUAACAACGCGGCAACAUUCACCCCAUCGGAGAUCAUGGCAGGAAACUACACGUGUACAUAUACUGCUUAUUUAGACGGACGACUGUUCAGAUCACCAGAGAGCGAGCGAUUGGGAAUCUCUGAGCGGGCAAGCUGGACCAGGGAGCAAACUUCUGGACUGACAUUGGGGAUUGUCACAGCGUUGGUGAUCACUGUGUUUGUACUGGGAUUCUGCGUGUAUAAGAGAGGUAAACAGAACAGUCGAAUAAGGGAAAGGAAUGUACCCAUGGGAGGCGGCCCACAAAACAGCAGCGUCACAUAUGCAACUGUGAGAAUUGCUCCACGCUCGAUGCCUCCAGCGGACGCUGAAAUCAUCUACGCCAAUUUUGCAAUUGGAAACAGAAAUGAAGUAGGACGUGAAGCCGAUGAGGAAGAUGGUCCUGUCUACGCCACAGUCAGAGUUUAGUGCGGUGGCCAAUGGCCAUUAUUUGGUUUCUGUCCAGGCUCUAUCAACGCACCAUCACCUAUAUUCCAUUCCAGUUUUAGUCUGACAUCAACGGGGCUCUCACAUCAAGUGUCAUCCUGAACAAGAUAGAGACUGAGUUACAGACUACGGAAGAGGGAGCGAGGGGGAGACUGAGUAAGAGGGAGAGACUUCCUGAGAGUCUUCGUGAGAGACAAAGAUAAAAGGAGACUGAAUGAGAGUUAGAGAGAGAGAAUUUGUGAGACGU